CUGACAGGAGUUAGAGGCUUAGCUGAGCUACUGGUGGCCAGACAAAGCUGGGGAUGGAGAAUGGUCAUGGGAUCCCACCAAGCGUUGCAUAGUAUCACACUAGUGCCCUCUGCUCUUCGAGAUGACCUCAAUAGCUGAUACUUUGUUGGACCCAUCUAAGUCUUCUUUUCUGGACUUCAGUCAUGUCCCCACAUCUUCUCCCCAGCACUCCCCAGUCUUGGCACAUUACCCUCUACAUGGGGUCCAUUCCCUUGGACAUGAGGGCUUCUACUCUCCAGGAGCAUCAAGUUAUGGAAGCAGGUCACUGGGAUAUCCAUACUCAACCUCUUCUUCCAGUCUACCCCUCCACCCAACCCACCAUAAUGGCAGCACCUACCUCAACUACCAGCAUUUCACCAGUAGCAUUGGCCAAAAUUCCAGACUCCAGGAGGACUCAGAGAUGGAGAAAUCUACAAUCAUAGAAAAUGGAGAGAUCAGAAUUAACGGCAAAGGAAAGAAAGUCAGAAAGCCUCGGACAAUAUACUCCAGUCUACAGCUGCAAGCGUUAAACCAGAGGUUCCAGCAAACGCAGUAUCUGGCGCUUCCUGAAAGAGCGGAAUUAGCUGCCCAGCUCGGCUUAACACAGACUCAGGUGAAAAUUUGGUUUCAGAAUAAAAGGUCCAAGUACAAGAAGGUAAUGAAACACGGUCCAAGUGUGCAAGAUGUUGACCUGACACACACCACGUCUUCGCUUUCUCCUUCUUCUCCAAACAUGCCUUCCAUGUGGGAUGUUCUCCCGGGUGGAAAAACUGCACAAAUUUCUUCCGGUUACUUGAACAAUUUUAACCCCUGGUACCAGCCACAUGACACAUUAUCGAGGCCACCAAUUAUGUAGCUAAAAGGGCUUAGGUCUUUUAAGCUGAGAUGAUUAGAAAGAAGCUCUUAUGAUUAAGAGCUUUCUCUGACCUACCAAACUUGCCUUCUUCUUAAAGUCCUCCGUUUGAAGAAAUAAAACAUGGGAAAUAUUGAUACAUAGACAAUGGCUUUUCUAUAAGCCGGUUCUCAUGAAAAUGGAGAUAGUUGACGAACCAAGAUAUUUUUCUAUUUAUUCAUUAGAAAUGUUUUUACUGAUCUGUUACAGCUCAUGUCUUAAUUACAGAAGAUCAAAUUAUUGUCCACUUGUAUACAUUUGAUUAUCUUCGUCAAUAUUUCACUGGCCACAUAUUAUUUAAAAGUUAACAUAAGCACAUCAACGUAUUUUGGUAGUGCCUUCCGUUUCCUUCAAAGAACAUUGAGUUGAUAGAUACAAAUAUACCAAAAGAAACUUCAUCUGUAGGUUUGAUUUGUCUUGAAUAUCAUAAUAGAAAUGAAUUAAGGAAGUAAUUAAUUAUAGACGAUAAGAAGAGCAUGUCUGGCAGCUGUAAAACUUCAAAAUCAAGAAGAGGAGACAGAACAUUUAUUUUUGGCCUUUUGAACCAAAGGACAUACCCUUAAGAUUAAUGAAUGCAGAUUUGUGUUUGAUCAAGAAUUUUGUGAACUAUCCCCUGUAGAAACUCAGGUGGACUUUUGUUGAAAAACAAAUAGGACUAUAUUAAUUUUAUAGUUUAUGAAAGCAUGGUCAUAUGCUUCUCAUCUCUGUCGUUAUUUUAUUUAAAAAAAAAUGAGUUUGGCAUGGUGUGCCUUUAAAUUACGCGCAUUAUAAAGAACCCACCACUCAAGAACACAUUACACAUGUUCUAUGAUCACAGAAACCGGACAGUUCGACAUCACAGAGAUAUGAUGAGAUUUUGCCUGCAUUCCAUAAGUAUGUGAUAAAGAUCCUUUUCAUCUCUCCUUGCCUUGCAAUAGAUUACCGAAAACCGCCAAUGCUGAUGUGAAUUUGUGAAAUAUUAAUGUGCUAAAUAGAAUAUUAAAUUGUAGAACAUUAUGGAAAACAAAAGUUUCACACAAAUGAUGCAAUAAACAAUUAUUUUCCAUUUUAA